UCUUGCGGCGAUGUGCAUUGUGUUUUAGAACUCUGAUGCGCAUAUGGCCUUCCUCGAUCGUCUCGAACGCCACGGUGUCAGCCUGUUCUCUUUCGAGCUGCAAGCAUAUGGCUUCGGUCCUUCCCUCAGACUUAACAUGACUGAGUACCGAGGCUCGCUUACCGAACAACUGCUCCUGAGUUUUCCCGAGGAAGAUCCUGUGGACUUGCAAUGCGAAGUGGGGGAUCAGAAUUAGCACG